AUGGAAAAUCCCAAUAUUUCUCAGCUCGAGGGCGACCACGAGCGACAGUCCAACGAGGCGCUCCCAAAGGAGAAGCUCAAGAUCGACCAUCUCGAGGUCAUGGCCGACGAGCAGCUCGGUCAUCUGGCCAAUCAAGAAGACCACGAAUUGGGUGUCUGGCAGUCCUUCAAAGCCUACCCUGGAGCCUGUAUGUGGUGUGUCUAUGCCUGCUGGACCAUCGUCCUGGCCGCAUUCGAACUCCAAGCGGCAGGUUCGGUGCUUGGGAUUCCUCAGUUUCGGAAAGACUUUGGGUCAUACUUCGAAGGCAACUAUGUCCUGCCCACGGAAUGGCAGUCGGCCUUCAAUGCUGCCCCCGUCGCGUCCGCCAUUGUUGGGGGUCUUGGUGGCGCAGCCAUCGCGGACAUUGUCGGACGCAAGUAUACUCUUAUAUGCGCGUUGGCAGUCAGCUUUGCAGCAAUCAGCGUCGAAUUCUCCUCGACCACCAAUCCCGUCUUCUUCGGCGGCAAAUUCUUGAACGGGUUUGCGGUUGGCACUAUUCAGGCGGUCAUGACGACUUAUAUUGGAGAGAUUGCACCUCAUGCCUGGAGAGGUAUCUUCACUGUUGGAAUUGGAAUUGCUUUCGGCAUUGGUCCUCUAUUGGCCUUCAUCGUUGUCAACUAUACCGGAGAUGUCGAGACUCGUUGGGCCUAUCGCACAGUCUUCUGCUGCCAGUAUGGCUUCGCUGCCGUCUCCGCAAUCUUCGUUCCCUUCAUGCCCGAGUCUCCAUGGUGGUUGGUUUCAAAAGGCCGAAAUGAAAAGGCACUCAAAAGCCUGAGCCGACUUGGCCAGAAGGGCGACGAAGGCAAGAAGAGAUUUGCGCUGAUCCAAAUGACACUGGAAGAGAUCAAAAGGGAGACGGAAGGCGUCACUUAUUUCGAAUGCUUCCGAAAAUCCAACUUGCGACGCACCAUCAUCAGCAUCGGGCCCCUGAUCAUCCAAGUGCUGACAGGUAUUACCUUUGUCGCCGGAUACUUCACCUACUAUCUCCAGCUCGCGGGUUAUGCGACCCAGGAAAGCUUCAGGAUCCAGAUUGCACAACCGGUGCUCUCGAUUUUUGGCAACUUGAUUGCCACCUACCUCGUGGACAAGGUGGGGAGGCGAAACUUGACCUUUUACGGUCUGCUCGUUCUUGUCGUCCUUCUGUUUAUCGAAGGCGGCUUGGCCACGGGCGGCAGCCCCGGCGAGAUCAAAGGCACCGUGGCCAUGAUUCUGAUCUACAGCUGGAUGUACAAUGUCUCGAUCGGAUCGACCGCCUUCUCCAUCAUGACCGAGACGUCCACGUCGCGCCUCCGCGUCAAAACCAUCGCCAUCGGCCUCGCCUUACAGAACUCGAUCAACGUCAUGUGGCAGUUCGUCCUGCCUUACAUGUUCAACCCGGACAAGGGCAACCUCGGCGGCAAAGUCGCCUUCGUCUUCGGCGGCCCCAGCUUCCUCUGUCUGAUUUACUUGUGGUUCUUCCAGCCCGAAACCGGCGGCCGCACUUACGAAGAACUCGACGAGAUGUUCGCCAAACGCGUCCCCGCGAGGAAAUUCAAGAACUACAAGCCCGAUGCCCAGGCCAAGGGCGAGGUGGUCAAGGAGAUUGUGGGACACCACACAAACAAGUAA